AUCGCAUGACACGUGAUAAUGACACCACCCGUGCUGUAGCGGACGAGAGGUGACGAUUGACGCUAGUGGACGUCGUGCGUCGUCGGUGGUUCUUUGACGUGUGUCUCUAUGUUCUGACCAAGGAUGUCUUCUUCCUCGCCGACCGACACAUCAGAGAGGAAGGAGAAGGAGCAAUCCACGAUGCUGCAACGACUCUGGGCUGCUGUCAAAACGAAUGUCCUGUGCCACACGUUCCUCACUUUGGUGUUCCUAUCGAGUGGCCUUGUGCUCAAUGUAUUCCAAGUGGUUGCCUACUGCCUGGUGCGGCCCUUCUCGUGGCACUGGUAUCGCCGCAUCAAUUACUACCUGAUCUACGGCUCCUGGGCACAGGUGGUGGCCAUGGCUCAGUGGUGGUCCGGGAGCCGCAUCAAAGUGUGGGGCACAGAUGAAGACCUAGAUGCCCUCCUGAAGGAUCACCACAUGUGCGUCAUGAAUCACUCCUACGAAGUCGACUGGCUGGUCUGCUGGAUGGUCUGCGACCAGUUCAAGAUGCUUGCGAACGCAAAGACCUUUGCCAAGAAGUCGUUGAUGUACGUUCCUAUCAUUGGCUGGAACUGGGCCUUGUCAGAGCAUAUUUUUCUCGAGAGAAGCUGGGAGAAGGACUCUCAGACCAUCGGCGGAAAGCUGGAUAAGCUGCUCGAUUACAAGGACAAGAUCCUGCUAUUGAUGUUCUCGGAAGGAACUCGGUUUAGCAAGGCAAAGCAUGAACUCAGCCUGGAGUUUGCGGCCAAGAAAAACUUGCCAAAGUUGAAGCACCACCUGCUUCCGAGGCCCAAAGGCUUUGUGUACUGCACACGCCACUUCAAGGAAAGAGGUUCUCGAGCUUUGUACGAUGUGCAGGUGGGCUUUCGUCACUCCCCUAACCCGCCCACGAUCAAGUCCGUCCUCAAUGGCCACCCAUUCCUGGCUGAUCUUUAUUUCCGAAGGGUACCACUUGACAAUGUGCCAACGGACUCUGAUGAGCAGUGCACCAAGUUUCUUUACGAUCUCUAUGUUGAAAAGGACAACGAGAUGGAUGACUACCUCAAAACGGGCAAGUUCCCCGGAACGGUCAGGGAGUUGCCAGUACGGAUCUGGCCGCUCUUCGUUCUGUGCUUUUGGAGCGUGAUAGCUGCAGUGCCCUGUCUGUACGCCUUCUACGCCGUCCUCACCAGUGGCAGCACGGUCACUGUUGUUGCCUUUUCCACAUUCAUUGCCCUGUUGCUCUCCGUUCUUCACUGGAUGGUCGGUUUGUCAGAGAUUAAGAAGAGCUCGACGUACGGGACCACAAAACCUGCUGCUUCAGGGGUGGAUGGUGAGAAGCCACUUGCAAAUGGUGAUUCCAGUAGAAAGGACCCCGUCAUCCGAAGUUCAUCGUAAGGUGUCACAUCAAAAGACUCUAAAAGAACAUGUGUCAACUCUGUCAUGUGCACACACGCAUCGUAGAGAUCUGUGGUGCAGAGAACUUACCUUUGUGAUGUCCUUCCGACUUUGUCAUUCGUUCUUGUGUGUCAAGUACAUCUGUUUUGCUGAUUUGAGUCAUUAUGUCCAACUCGGGUAGUAUACUGCUCGUUUUAGCAGCCUGUAUGUUUUCUUCUUUGAGGCAUAGCAAGUGUUUACUGUGUCACAUUCAGGCAAAUUUGAGAGGAAUGGUGCGAUUAGUUGUGUUUUUUCCUGGCACUAACCUAGCCUAGCUACUGUUAGUACUUGUUGUUAGUGCUUGAUGAUUCCUUGCAAGGAGAUGUUAUUGUGCCUCUGUCGAAUGCCCCAAUCGAUCCUUCUGCUGUUAGACUUGUGAGUGUUUGCAGAACUUAGUGAACUACCCUGCCUUGAUUAUUAGUCACAUGGACAAGGCAUGCGAGUGUGAAUCUUGAUCCAGCGGCUCCUUUGGGAAUCGCAGCUUAGGCAGUGAGCUGCCUUUUGCCAGCUAAAGAAAAAAAAGUACUGGGCUUUCCUUGUACCUAAACUUUGUGUUUGUCAUGUUUGCUUGAACUUGUUUUUCACCUUUUCCUGACCAAAAAAGGACAUGCUAUGUACUAUUACUGUUCCUUAUAAUUAUCACCUUGCCCUGUUAUGUGGAAUCGUUUUGUGAGCCUGUUCUUUAUCAAUUGUAAAGAGAUUUCAGUGACCCUUCCUGGAUUGCCUGUUAGCUGUGAUACACUGUUUGACCAUUGAAAGCAAUUUUCCCCCCUCAAAGCAAUUUAUUUCAUUUCAUAGAAAUACUAUGGUGGCUCGUAAUGUAUUCCACUUCCUUAUGUGGUGUUAGAGGAAAGCCAGCUUCAAGCUUAUGGUUAACUAACCGAUAAGUUCUGGCGCAUUGGGCAAUUCAGUUUAGUUGUGUUAAAAUUAAGGAAAUGUGAAGAACAGAAAAAUGAAAACUAGGCUCUCCAGUUGAAGGCUUGCAUUUUGUUACUAGAUGCUCAUGUGUGUCAGUAUCUAACUUAAGGUUAAACUUGAGUGUUUCUGUGCAUUGAAUAUUCUGUACUCUUGUUUGAGCAGCCUAGCUAAGUGUGCGUUCACCUUCACUUUGCUGUGUGUCUUUUUGGCUCUUUUGUGUUCAGAUGUGCAGUGUGAUUGAUGCACACCUGAGUAUGGAGGGGUUGGCACAUUUUGCUGAAGGACAGAAUUUAGUCACAUGUAGCUUACACGUGCAUGGACCAUGGACAUUGUGCAUGCCUACUCAUCAGUCAUAGUGCGAGUACAAAGUGGGACUGUAUUUCUAUUUUUACACUGGAGUAACAACGGGGAAAGAUGAAUUUAUCACAGUUUAACGCCUCUUACAAAAGUGUGAAACUAUGGCUUUCUGGCAAAUAUUAUUUCGAAGUGUUAAAGCCUUAUUAGCUAUAUAUGUGUUGACAUGACGUAGUCUUAUGAAAAUGGCUAUACUAAUUUAGAGGACACAUUUACAGUCUCCUGAUUAAGCAUCUGACUUUUGUUUUCAUUUAAAUUUCACUCAAAACUUUUUAAAAGAGUGUUUAGUUUGUUAAAUACCCUCAUUCUUAGGCCUAUAGUAUAUUGCUCUUUCAAUUUGCAUUGAGAUCUAACAGUGUCAACAUGCUAGCAUGAGUCAUAGCAGUAGUGCAUACUGCUUGCUACAUUGCAUUUGGAAAUCUCUCCCAUUAGCUUUUUAUUUAAUUGCGAACUCUGGCUACAGUUUCUGCAAUUUGUGUGACUUAUGCAGUUUGUAUUGCGAUAGUAUUAAGCGGUAGCCACUUGCGACAACCACAUAGAAUGCAUUUCUAGUGUAUCUUUGGUUAUGCGUCAUUGCCAUAAGGGGCGUCCACUUCCUGCAGCAUGAUAAAUACAUUGUUCAUCAAAGCCAAAGUAUCUCUACCGAUAAUUGCGUGGGAACACAUUUUGGUCAGUAUUACGAGAUGCUGUAAACUGGACAUACCUCGACACUGGACAAUGUCAUGCCUAAAAUGCAUCAGAACUACAUUCCUUGUGUUUUCUGCAUUAUCCUUUAGGAAGUAGGACAUACCAUAGAAUUCCGUUAUUAGAAACGUAUGUUUAGGAAAUUUCACUGUGUUUGGCCAGACUGUGUACAAUGUUGGGCGUAAAUGCUUUCUUUUUUCAAGCAAACGGUGCAUGAAAGUACUGAAAGAUAACCGCCUGUAAUGCUUCUGUGCAUGCUUUUGCUCUUAUGCCAUGUGGAGAUGUAAGUGCUGUUUAUAUCGUGUUGUGUAUCACUUCAUUUAUACUAAGUGCAAUAUUAUUUGACUGUACAGUCUUCUUUUAUGUAAUUAGAGCCUUAAGAAAGCUUA